GUGUGUGUGUGUGUGUGUGUUUGUGUGGGAGACAGAGAGUGUGUGUGAUUCUCUCGGGACAGGUGUUACCGCUGCUGCUGCUGCUGUGUGUGUGAGUGUUUGUGUGCACUGACCUGUGUGUGUGUGCGCGCGCGCGCGUGUGUCAGCCAAGCAAACGGCAAACGGACAAGCCGCGCGCGUGACAGUUGUCUCAGGCCAGCAUGGCACGGCGGCGGCGCGCGCUAUCCGACCCCUGCUUGGACAGGUGCGCGAGACAAGAGGAGCUUUGACGUCCCAAAUCCAGCGUCUUCUCCUCCUUCUUCUUCUGCUUCUUCGUGUCCUUGUUUGCUUUUAACUUCUCGGACAGAGAGAGAGAGACAGAGACAGAAAGAGUGUGUGUGUGGAUUUAUCGGCGUCCCUCCCGAGCUGGUUUCCUCCCCGUGUUACCGCUGCACGCAGAAACGACGUUGGUGGACACGAUGCCUCUAAUCGGACUCUUCUGGCUGGUCCAGUUAGCAAGUUCUGCAUUUCCAGAGGAACCCGGACCCCUCAACACCAUCCCUACUGAAGUCGUAAGGAGGUAUCCGGUCUUCCUCGGCCGAGCUCAUGGUUUGUCGGUGAACCAGGAGCCUUUACACAUCCAGAGAGUCCUGCAGAUCAACCGUACGCUCUACAUCACGGCCAGGGAUGACCUUUUUCGCGUGGAGCUGGAUAACAUGCUUGGAGACGAGAUGUUUUACAGCAAGAAAAGGACAUGGGAGUCUAACAGGAAUGACAUAAAAAUCUGCAGGAUGAAGGGCAAGCAUGAGGACGAGUGUCGUAACUACAUUAAAGUCCUGCUGAGUCGACGAGGCGGUCUGUUCAUCUGCGGCACCAACGCCUUCAACCCGCUGUGCGCCAACUACACAGCAGACACUCUGGAGAUGGUGGGUGAGACAGUCAGCGGUAUGGCACGAUGUCCCUACGACCCUAAACACGCCAACGUCGCUCUGUUCGCAGGUGGAAGCCUCUUCACUGCUACAGUGACUGAUUUCUUGGCGAUUGAUGCAGUGAUCUACAGGAGUUUAGGCGACACUCCCACACUGCGCACCAUCAAACACGAUUCCAAGUGGUUCCGAGAGCCCUACUUUGUCAGCGCUGUGGAGUGGAGAGAACACAUCUACUUCUUCUUCCGUGAGAUGGCCAUGGAGUUCAACUACCUGGAGAAGGUGGUGGUAUCACGGGUGGCCCGGGUGUGUAAGAGCGAUGUGGGUGGGUCUCAGCGUGUGUUAGAGAAACAGUGGACAUCUUUCCUGAAGGCUCGUCUGAACUGUUCCAUUCCCGGAGACUCGCACUUUUACUUCAACCUGCUGCACUCCACCAGCUCAGUCCUGCAGCUCCAGGGGAGAGACGUCAUCCUCGCAGUGUUCUCCACCCCCUCUAACAGUAUCCCCGGCUCGGCGGUGUGUGUGUUUGAUAUGGAGAAGCUCUCUGUGGUGUUUGACGGCAGGUUUAAGGAACAAAAAUCUCCUGAGUCAAUCUGGACACCGGUGCCGGAUGACCUCAUCCCUAAACCCAGACCUGGUGGCUGUGCUGGUCAGGGCUCCAGAUUUAACUCGUCUAAUUCGUUCCCUGACGAGAUGCUGAACUUUGUGAAGACGCACCCUCUGAUGGACGAGGCCGUCCCGUCUGUGGGACAGAGACCGUGGAUCAUCAGGACCAUGGUCAGAUAUCAGCUCAAUAAGAUGGUGGUGGACACAAACGCCGGUCCCCACGGCAACCACACCGUCGUCUUCCUUGGCUCCAACCGUGGCACCAUCCUCAAAUUCCUUGUCAUUUAUGACGGAGACAACAUGGCAUCCAACGGCAACGUUUUUCUAGAGGAGCUGGAGGGCUUCAACCCAGAGAAGUGUGAUACCGACUCUCCUCACGCUCGGCAGCUCCUGUCGCUCUCUCUGGACUCUGUCAGUCACACACUGCUCCUGGCAUUCCCGUCCUGCGUGAUCCGAGUGCCUGUAGCUCGCUGCCAUCUUUACUCCCGCUGCAUGAAGAACUGUAUCGCCUCGAGGGAUCCGUACUGCGGCUGGACUAAAGGCAGCACCUGUUCCUUUCUCCGGCCUGGCACCAGGCUUCCCUUCGAGCAGGACGUGGAUCACGGAAACACCUCACAUCUGGGUGACUGUGACGGCUUACUCCAGGAAAGUUACGUAGAGGAACCUGAUGGCCUGGUGUCCGUCAAUCUUCUCAUCAUGUGUGCUGUGUCUGCAUUUACCACUGGGGCGGCGCUCUCCGCUCUGAUGAUCUGCUGGCUAAUGACUUUCAAGCAUCGGCGUCGCUCCAGGAGUGGGGCUUCGAGCCAGGCUGGGCGCCGUCACACCGAAAGAGAGCAGUGCAUGCUAGGACAUGGGCGUAGUAACUCAGCGAUUAGUGUGACCAGGAUCAGUGGUGUCGAUGCACAGGUAGAGGACUUGUUUAAUAAUGGCUGGCCUAAAUCUGGAGAAAUCCAGGAUCCAGGAUUACCAACUCCAGAGCAAACGCCUCUCCAGCAGAAGCGGCCCGUUCCUGAUGUGCAUGACCACACCCAUUUCCACCUUCCAGACUCAGAAUGGGAGCAAAGCCAGACAUUUAUCACCCAAACAGGUCAGAACAUGAUGUACCUGAGCUCGGAUUAUUUACAAGGUGGCGACGGAGGUCAGCAAGACGACCCGGGAAUCCCGAACGUCGAAAGGCAACGCUAUCUUAUCCUUCCUCAUCCCAGCAAUCAGAAAGACCAUAGCAGGCACCAUCAGGCUUUGAAGGCACGCAGUUCUGUGGGCGAUUACCGACCGGCGACGCCUCAAGACUCGCCCGAGCGCAGGAAGGUUGUAUCCGCGCCAAACCCGCACUCGGAUUACGCCAAUUCUCCGCACUGGAGCCAAAACGGCCCCAUCAACAACAGCAAAUCUAACAGACACCACCAUAACUACCCGAUACAGCCACGUACGAAUGCAGCGCUAGUGCGGCCCGCCGUCCUUCACCCCACCAGGGGGUUUGGUGAGCUACAGGACCCCAGCCAUGGUCUGGGAAGGAGGAUGGACUGCGAGAGGAGAGAAAAAAACAGAGAGUGUUCAUCUAACGGACAGUAAAGAUUUGGAGAAGCGUCCACUUUUCCAGAGAGCCAUGAAAACCUGCCCAGAAAACUGUCUCACUGCCGUCUAUCGAGUCUCUCAAGACAGACUCCAAACCCAGCAUUGAGCUGAGCACUUGCCAGUUGGCCGCACUCUCCCUCAGCCCUUUAGGACUUAUUAUGUUAGCAAAGUUUUCCAGAGCCCCUUGACCCCAAUGACACAGAGCCAUGAACCAGAUAUCAGUAUACUGUGAAGUGUUUGCUUAAAUCUACAGCCAACAGUAGCAAGUUUUUCUGUGAGGAAACUGUUCGGUGGCCAUUUUUUUUCUGAAAUUUUGUUCUUUUAUAUUUUUGCUGGUCUGUGUAUAUGUGUGUGUGUGUGUGUGUGUGUGUGUGUGUGUGUGUGUGUGUGAUAUACAAGGCAUCCUGGUACCAGGUGCAAGUCCACAUCUCAGCUCGAAGGACUUAAUGUAAAGACGCUAGAGCUGAGGAGGGUCUAGCAGUUGAGCCACACUGGAGCUUCUCACGUACACGGAGCCGAUUCCAAACAGACUCUUUUCAUUGUGUUAGAAGCAAUCAAAGGACUUGCAAUUGCUUUUUUUUUUUAUCAGGGGUGUGUGUGGAUGUGAGAAAGACAAACGUCCUGAUUUUGACGACUGAUCUCAAAGACAAGACAGGAUUUCAAAGAUCAACCUGAAAUCCAAAAUGCCAUUUUAAAAAAACGUUGUUAGUUUGUGUCUCUGGCCUUAUUGUGCACGAUUCAUCAGUAUCAAUCAGUUAAUAAAAAAAUACAUUUCCAUGGGUUUUUUGUAACAAAUAAAACGAUUUCUGUUUUUUUCGACAUGUUAACAUGAACAGGGGGUCGGGGAAUAAAAUUAACAUGAACCGAUAAUGCACUGAUAUGAUCCACCUCCCCUUCUUCCCCACAGCCAAUAAUCAGAAAUAUGUUACGAAUAAAAUAAUGUAUUAUAUGAAUCUUGUUACAAAGAAAUUAUUGUACGAUACCAAAAUAACAUUCAUCGCAAAUAAUAAUGAAUAGAAUAACAUUAUGAAUCACGUUACAAAUAAAAUAACGUAAAUCUUAAAUUGUCACGCAUAAAAUUACGUACAUCAAAAAUUGUUACAAAUAGCGUACAUCAAUAAUGGUUACGCAAAAAAUAAAUCACGUUCAAAAUAAAAUAUUGUACCUUGUAAAUCAUUAAGAAUUAAACAAACAAAGAUUUAAAUUAAGUGAUAAAUAAAAUGUCUUAUAAGUCACUUAUGUAUAUCAAAAUAACGCAUCGUAAAUCACGUUACGAAUAAAAUAACGCAUCUCUUAAAUCACGUUGCAAAUAAAAAAACAUGCAUAAAUCAAGUUAUGAAUAAAACAAUAUAGAUCGUAAAUCAAGUUACAAAUAAUGUACAUCGUAAAUCACAUUACAAAUAAAAUGAUAAAAUGUUAAGAAUAAAAUAAAAUACAUCGUAAAUUAGUUUGGUAACGACAUAACGUUACAAUCACGUUACAAAAACAGUACAUUGUUAAUCAGGUUAUAAACAAAAUAAAAGUCAUCAAGAAUCAUGCUACAAACUAAAUCUCAGAAUAAAGUACAUGAUAAAUCACAUUCCAAAUAAAUGAACAUGCAUCAUAAAUCUCGUUUUUUAAAUAAAAUAACUUACAUUUAAAAUUUUCAAUAAAAUAGAUUGUAAAUCGUGCAAAUGAGAUCAUUUGAAAUGUAAAUCAUUAUAAAUAAAAUCACGUUACGAAUAAAAUAACGUGCAUCGUAAACCGUUAUGAAUAAAAUAACGUACAUUAUAAAACAUUAUAUAAAAAUAAUGUACAUCUUAUAUCACAUUCUGAAUAACAAACAUCGUAAAUCACAUUUACAAUAAAACAAAAUGGAUUCAUAUGUAAGUUUUACAAAGUAUUUUUUAUUUAAAGCUGAUCGAUCAGCUGAUCACUUGAUUUCCUAUUAAAAUAGCAAUAUUCGGUAGCGAUCUGCUACAUAGACAGGCAGGAAAUUUUCAUAUAAAUUUAAAAGAAAACAUUUUACCUUAACAUAUAACGUUAAUGCUGCAUAUCUUGCAAUAGCUAUUAUUUUAUACAAUUGUUUUUUUGUUAUUUAAACUGGACCCCAUGUUCGCUAGCUAAAAAGAAAAAAACGCUUGUGACAGUUUCGGGUUUAAGAGACACGGAGAUGCCUGUCACUCGGCAAAAUCAGGACGUCCAUGAUAAAGGGUGUUCGCCAAAUUAUCCUUAUAUGAGCUGCGAGUUCUGGAGUGGUGCAAGUAAUAAUGGCAACAAUAAUACAAUAAUAAUUGUGGGUGGAGUUUGUGUGUGUGUGUGUGUGUGUGCAUAUGGGUAAAUGUUUCCCGAUGUGUGUUUGCUGCUGGACACAAACACUGAAGGCUUUUGUGAGUGUCUUUCUGUCUUUCUGCCUCACUGACCUAGUCUUUCUUUUCUCUAUCCCUCUCUAAAUCUCUCUUUUUCUGUAAAGUGAAAUGUGAUCUCUCUCUCUUUCUCUCUCUGUCUCUUACUUACUCUUUUUCCAUCUCGUCUCUGGGGUGCUGCUUCUCAGAGAGCGUCUCAGAGACACUGAGGUUCUUUGUUGCAGGCCGGACAGACGAGGCAGGUCGAGGCAUUCUGAGUCGGGCGGUGAGGGAAUAGCAAUGAGCGAUAGAACAAGUCAGUCCCUCUGGGGGCGUCGUCCUGAUUUGAGCGAAGGUUUGAAGUGGGAUAUCAAAGAGAACAGAGUAUAGGGUGCAAAGGAAGGAACAUUCAGAAUCUUGACCUCAGCUUCUUCCUUCUUGCGCUUUAAUUUCUGAAAUUUUAACAAAAUUAUCACUGAGUUACAUGAUGACAUCAUCAUUAUUUCCAACCAAUCAGGGGCAGUCAAUGAAUAACAGGAAAACUGUUACAUACCACACUUGCUAGCUGUUACAUUAAGCGGUAACUAGUUAGUCCGCUAAUCCGGGCUGAAUUCUGAUCAUGUGUGUUUGUGAUACGAUGUUCUGCUAAUGAUACAUCUUAUGAUUACAUUCUACUAAAGUGUAAAGAGUAAUCCUGGUUACUGUCAACACACUCAAGUAAAAAGUUUACAUGUACCCAAGCACAUAAAAUAAUACGUUAAAGGCAUCACUCCUUUAUUUCAUAAUAUAAUCACAGUGUGUAAGGCGACUGCGUCCAGCUGUUCGUUCCAGGUUAUUAAUACACACUCCUGAAGACUUGAAAUAAUACAGACAGACAGACAGACAGACAGACAGACAGACAGACAGACAGACAGACAGACAGACAGAUAGAUAGAUAGAUAGAUAGAUAGAUAGAUAGAUAGAUAGAUAGAUAGAAUAAUGUUUAUAUAUGACAUUAUUAAGGUCUUUAACCAAUCAAGAUGCAGUCAAGGAAAAUCAGUAAUAAAACCAAACAAGAGCUUUAUUGUGUAGGUUAUAUUAUUAUUAUUUUAUUCUUUUUCUUUUUACUUCUCCUUGCGUCUACUUGCGUCCUUUUACUUGAAAAGGACUCGUGUUUCUCAGAACUUUCCUCUCUUUGUUUCUCUGGGUCGUGUUCUGAGUAAUGACCUGAACACACAAAAAGCACUCUCUGAAACAUUUGCGGUUAUGUUUAUUUGGCCGUUUGCGACCUCCUGAGAGUGCUGAGUACAGGAUAGAGAGAAAGAGAGAGAGAGAGAGAGAGAGAGAGAGAGAGAUGGACACAGUUUGUGCAGGACGUCAGAUCCUAUCGAAUCAGCCGACUUAAUGGUUAGACGGGUGGUGUAUUAGCGUCACUGGCUAUAUUCAUCACAAACAUCAGUGCGUGUGAAAGCAUCAGGACUGGCACAAAGAGAUCGAAAGAAAGAGAGAGAGAGAGAGAGAGAGAGGUUGAACAAAAUCCACAGGAGAGAGACAAAAAGUGUGUAAGCGCAUGAUCUGUACUAUAGAAUACCCUAUGGACCUCAUUACCAUGUCUGAAAGUGUGUGUGUGUGUGUGUGUAAGAGUUCUCUAAGUAAAUUCCUCUUGUAGAGUCAGUUGUUUUUCUUUUCAGGUUUUUUCUUUGUGCAUUUUUGAGUGGCAGCUCUGAAAAUGUCAGUGUUGUGCUUUUAGCUCCACCUUCAGGCCUAUAAGUCACCAGGGCUCCUCUUCUUACACUGGUGUGUGUGUGUGUGUGUGUGUGUGUGUGUGUGUGUGUGUGUGUGUGUGUGUGUGUGUGUCUUUUUGAGCACCAGAGUUACUUCACCCUGACUAAACUAACAGAUUUCUGUUUUCCCUGAAAUUCUUUAUCCAGCCCCAAUACUUAGAAUAUUGUGUGGAAAACGGGUUCACCAUAGUUUUCACGCAUUUCCAAUUCCCUGGCUCAGGAAUACACUUUGAUUGCUAGUCACCCUCUGUCCCUGUUUUGAUUGUUUAUCAUUAAUUUAAUCCGAUUUGAUUCUUAUUCUCAAAAAUUUUAAUGACUGUGGACCAUUUUUUUUCAACAAGCCCCUGUAGCUAGCUAGCUAACACGGCUGUUAAAUGUUGGCUAACGCACGAGUUUGUUCCAGUUAACUUUUAGCUAUUUAUCACCUCAGACUUUUGUAACAUUACAGUGUUUAUGGUGAAUAAACAAAUUAAACGUCCCACUUCUGUGACCUGAAAGACAAGUCAAGUAUUUUAUGAUUACUUAUCAGCUUGGCUAAUCAACCACUUUGAUUUAAAAAAAAAAAAGUAAAUAAAGUUGCAUACGUUAAUAUUAUUAUUUGAAUUCUUGCCUUUUAUUGUAGCCUGCAGUACAUUUGCUUAUCGAACCAUGGUUCAUUCUCUCUCUCUCUCUCUCUCUCUCUCUCUCUCUCUCUCUCUCUCUCUCUCUAUCUCUUUCUAGAUCUUUGUUACACUAGCACAAAGCGCCACAUGCCUGAUUAGCCUGAGUGCAUCUCAGCUCUUAAUGUGAUGACAAGAUGAGAGGAGAUUCCUCAGAGGGGCAUAUCAGGGACGAGACUGUCGUCUAUUUCACUGUCUUUCUUUCUCUCUUGCUUUUCCUCUGCACUCGUUGCCCUGUUUAAUGUGAUUGCUUUAAAGCCUGAGGCGAAAGUUAGCAAAGCGCUCAGCCACCGAGUCGUCCUUCCCGCCAAAACCGCACGCGAUUAAUGUUAUUAACGCGAUUAACGAGCACGAAUUCAAGGACACGUGAGUCGUGCCGCCGCGAGCAAACGCUUCGGCAAGUGGGCUAAUCCGAUACAUAAAGUUCAGCCAAACUUUGUAGCGCUGUUCUUGCUUUUUUAAGGUAGACUUGAUUUAAUGUGAGAAACAACACACACUCUAGCUGGUACAUGAGGUGGUAGCUAGCUAAUCACCUAAAGGUGACGAUCCCAAUCAAAUGCAGGCUUAAUUCUGAUCAUGUUUCGAAACGAUGAAGAUUUGCUAAUGUAUGGAUGGAUGGAUGGAUGGAUGGAUGGAUGGAUGGAUGGAUGGAUGGAUGGAUGGAUGGAUAGAUAGAUAGAUAGAUAGAUAGAUAGAUAGAUAGAUAGAUAGAUAGAUAGAUAGAUAGAUAGAUAGAUAAAAGUCUGUGUCUAACUAAAAGUCUACUGGUAAAUUUACAUUAGAAAUGAAUAUAUAAGUUAUGUAUAAUAUUUAUGUAAAACUUUUGAAGCUUAUUAAAUGUGUGUGUGUGUGUGUGUGUGUGUGUGUGUGUGUGUGUGUGUGUGUGUGUGUGAGUGUGUGUGUUGCUCCUAAACCUGGGUCAAACAAAAGCUGCAAUGUCUCGAUUGCACGCUUCACAGGGGCUCUUAUUCUCUGAGUCCUAAUUAAAAGCUUGCUUGUGAAUAUGGAGUCUGAACAGAGCCCUGAGGCCACAGGCUGCUGAGCACCACUUCUUUAUUUUCUUUUUUCCAUUCUUUAAUAGGUGUAUAACCACCACCACCACCAACUCCUCCUCUUUCAUCAUCUUUCAUCCCUCUCUCUCUGUUUCUUUCUCCUUGAGCCAUACCCAGGCAGGGUUAAUGGUCACUAAUGGACAGAGGGUGGAUCCAUCAGGAGUCUAAGUCACCACACACUUUUUUCAUUUCCAAAUAAGACAGAAAUGGAAGGUGAUUCUGUGGGGCAAUCACGGUCUGUAUUUAUAGCUGGGGUCCAGAUGCAUAGGAGGAGAUGUGAAAAUCAGACGUCCAGGAUUUUGAUAGUUUUUAAAACGGGCGAGAGGAAAUGAAAAGCAUUUCUAACAUGAUUAUAUCAGUACUAGCAAGACUUUUAAUAAAAUUAUUGCAUUUCUAGAUGGGCCACACCCACAUUAAUCCAGAACAAAUUUAUUUAACUGUUUUGUUCUAUCCUUAUGUCCAGCGAAAAACAAAUAAAGACCUACAAAUUUUAUAUUUAGAUUUUUAACUAUUUUUUAUUCUUUGAUUACCCACAGCAAUGACUCGUGAAUAUUUUGAAUAUAAGCAUUUUCACUGGUGCCUAUAGACUUUUUGACCCACUAUACAGUAUGUUACCCUUUGUGCAGAGUCUCCAGUGUUAGUGCUUUGCAAAAGUCAAGACACAGAGAAUAAAGAAAGGCUGCUGAGGGAAUGAGUGUUUAUAGCUGCUAUAACACAAUCAGGAACAGAAACUCGCUUGUUUCAUGGACGGUCCAUAACAUUAAAUGUAACUGUAAAUAAAAAAAAAGUACAAGGUGUUUCAGUAAUAAAUGAUAAAGCGUACUCAUUAGCAGACCGUAGUGUGUGUCAAGCGGUAGACACACCGAAACACAGAAAAAUCCCCGACAAACACGACAACUCAUGUUCAUGUUACACCUGAUGUUAAUACUUUUUUUUUUCAAUGGCAAACCCGGUUUCUUGAAGCAAGAAAUUCAAUUCAAAAGCUUCACAUUUCCGUCGUUGCAGCUACAACAGCUAUCUCUCAUUGGUUGCUUUGGCUUUAUUAGCACUGAAAUGAGAAUUAAUACUAUUUUUAAAAAUAAUUAUAUUAAUAUUGUGAGGCUUAGCUGCAGUGGACACGAGUCUAUCUUAUCAUUAAAAACAUUCUUUUUUAUUUUUUAAUUGUAUAUUUUUGUUUAUCGAAACAGCAAAUCGAAAAACAGAAAUGUCCACGAUUCCUCAGUGUUCAAGCAGGAAAACACACAUUGUUGGAAACAAAAAGCACAAAUGGAACUGAUUCACUUUUUUGUUGUAAUUCUUCAGAGAAGUCUGUAUUAGCCAGCACUGAUCUCAUUCUAUAUCCUGGUUUGUUUGUUUGUUUUCUGCUGUGAGGUGAUUUUUAGAUGCUGAUGUUUGGAUCAGCAUCUAAAAUUCAGCUGAUGCUGAUGUUUAGAUGAUGUUUUCUGUAAGAUGAUUUUUAGAUGCUUUGGUGUGUGUAUUUUUUUUGUAUAACGAGGAUAAUGCUGACUUUCUUUCUUUCUUUCUUUCUUUCUUUCUUUCUUUCUUUCUUUCUUUCUUUCUUUCUUUCUUUUUUUCUAUUCUGCACUUUUAAUUGCAAAGAACAAAGAGCCAUGUGUGUUUUGGUUUGGUUUCGACAUUUUUGUGGUUUGGGGAUUGAUAUCUGCCUCCUCGUACGUGCUCAUGACUUCAGUGUACCUUUAAGUAAACCUCUGUGCAUGAACUCUUCACACUAUUGUGCUCACUGUCGAGUGUCCUUACACUCCAUCAGUCAUGUGCAUGCUCCGUGAACCACACACACACACACACACACACACACACACACACACACACACACACGCACACA